AAACAAACAUAAAAAAGGUAUGCAGGACGCAACCUCUUCUAAGCCGAUCGCUGAUUUCUUUGUAAAGAAGAAUUCCAAAGAAGAUGUUUUGGUAACUGCUGCCGAGCUAACCACAGCAUAUCAUAUUGUUAAACAUCACCAUUCGUUCAAGUCAGUUGAUUGUUCAAAUAAGCUGAAUCCAACAAUGUAUUCAGAUUCUAAAAUUGCAGCCAAACAAUCUACGGCACGUACUAAAGCCACAGCGCUAAUUAACAACGUACUUGCUCCUCAUUCAGUUAGUACUUGUGUAUCAGAACUUGAACAAAUCCCAUUUUAUGGGAUAUCAACCGACGCUAGCAACCACAAAGCAGAAAAAAUCUUUCCGCUAAUCAUUCAAUAUUUUAAAGAAGAUUCAGGUAUUACAAGUAAAAUCAUCAAAAUUUCCUCAUUAAAAGAUGAAACAUCAGAUACAAUAACAAACUAUUGUUUAACAAGCCUAACUGAUGCAAACCUUCCUCUAGACAAGUGCUCUUCGUUUUGUGGUGAUAACACAAAUACUAAUUUCGGAGGGGUGAACCGCAGAGGAGUGAACAACAUUUUCCACAAACUGGAAGAUGUUUUGAAAAAAGAGCUAGAAGGAAUUGGGUGUCCUGCACACAUAUUGCACAAUACAGUUUCUUGUGCAGCUGAUGUCCUUGCUGUUGAUGUUGAAACAAUACUCAAGGACAAGAUGGGUAUCACUCAUGCCUGCUGUUGAGCGUAUAUUAAACCUAUGGGAAGCUUUGAAAUCAUAUUUUCUAAGCCAGGAAAAGUCUCCAAAAUUGCUUGUAGAUUUUUUCUCAAACUCACUGAGUGAGGCCUAUCUCUGGUUCCUUCACAACCAGCUAUCAUUGUUCCACCGAAAAAUAAAGAGAAUUGAGUCUUCAAAAAUUUCUGUGAUUGAAGUCAAAUUAAUAUUGGACGAGACUUUGAAGAGUGUGAAGGAACGAGAAGAAUCCCUGUUCAUUGGCCUGAAAACUAAACAAAUCGUAGACAAAGAAGAUAAAACUGUCAGAGAUAAGUUCGUAGAAGAAUGCAAGGACUUUUUCCAAACUGCCCAUGGUUAUUUGAGAAAAUGGAGUGAGUCCCUCCAGCACUUGGCCACAUUUGAAUGGACCACAUUGGACACAGUUCCUGAAUGGAAACAAAUCGAAAACACCCUUGCUUACUUUACCGGCAAGAAAAUAUCCUUCCCAGAAAGUGAAGUUUUCGGCCAAUUUUCUUGUCUUAAAAACAAUAUCACACUGUUAAAAGACAAGCAAGACAAAGAAGAAAGUAAGUGGAAGGAUUUAAGCUAGAGUGAAAAGUGGGUCAAGUAUUUCAAUACUAUGGACAAA